AUGAUACGAUCAAUAAUAGGUAUAGAAUGUGGAAAUAAAAAAACUGUAAUAUCCAAAAUUGACCGUAAUGGUUUAUCAAAUAUUCCUUCAGAUUCCUCUAACAGAGAAAUUCCUUCUGUAAUUGUAUAUACAGAGAAGAAUCGAAUAUUUUCGGAAUAAGCCUUAGACCGUAUUAAGGCUUAUACUAAUUCAGCAAUUAUAUACCCAUAUAGAUUAUGUGUAUAAGAUGAGUAUUAAAAAGGUUAUUUUUUAUUCUAGUAUGAUGAGAAGGAUAACAUGGGAAUAAUUAAUGGAGAAAAAUGGUAUGUUUUCUAGAUUUUAGCUAGUUAUUUUACUUAUUUAGAUCAACUUAUUUCUAAGAAUUCCGAAUAGUAUGUUUGUGUUAUUUCCGUGCCUAAUUAUUUUUCAUAAAAAGAAAAGUAUUUUUUUUAAAAAGCUUUAUAAAUUGCCAAACUUCCGUGUUUGAAAAUUGUUGAAGAACAUAUGUGUAUAGCUUAUAGUUAUUUACAAACAUAAAAAAAUGUGUUAAAAGAAUAAGGAAAAAAAACCAUUUUGUUCAUAGAUUUGGGAGAAACCUAAACUUCUGCCUUUAUUUAUUUAUUCGAUAAUACUAAAGGAACCCUUUUAUAGAUUGAAUCUUAGAAAAAUCUCGGCUUGAGAGAUAUAGAUAGAUAUAUAUAUGAAUAUUUAGCUAAAAAAUAUACUUAUUUUAGUAAAUUAAAUAAAAAAACGUAUCUUAGAGUACUCGAAUAAAUCGAGAAAUUACGAAAAGUAUUAAGUUCGAAUAGUGAGGCGAAUUUACAUAUAGAAUAUAUAACUUAAGAUGAAGAUUUAGAUCAUUAUUUUAGUCGUAAAGAGUUCGAAAAUAUAAUCUCAGACAAUUUUAUGUAGGAUUUUAUGAAAUUUUUAAAUUAGUUUAGUUAAUAAAAUUUAAAUAUAGAUGAAAUAGAACUUAUAGGCAGUGGAAGUAGAAUUCCUUUGAUUUUAUAGAAAUUAAAAGAAGUCUUCUAGAGAUAAUAUAUGGGAAUUAUACUUUAAAACGGCGAAUAAAUUAGUAGGGGAAGUGCAUUAGUUUGUGCUUUGUAAGCUUCUUAAAUUAAUCCUUUUGUUAAAAUCGAAAAUUAUAAGGUUUAGUCUUUAUUUACUGAAUAAGACUAACUUAUUGAAGUAUUUUUGGGAUAAACCUUAAAAAAAGGGGAAGCUUUACUCUAUAAAGGAAAAGAAUUACCCUUUUUCUUUAAUAUAGAAGGUGAAUUAUAAGGAGAAGAGAAUAGCUUUUUGAGUAUAAAAUUUGGAGAAAUCAUAUAUAAGACCGAAGUUUUAAAAGGCGGGAGUCAGUUUAAGGUCGUUGGGUAAAUAAAUGAGUGUAAAAUGCUGGAAAUUGAGGAAGUUUUAGUUGAUUUUUAAGAAGUUAGUGUAGAGAAUAGUCUUAUUUAGGAUAGUUAAAUGAUUGAUUUUAUAGAAAAAGAAAAGGAAAUGAAAGAAAGGGACUUAAACUUUGGGGAUGGUUCGAGAGGGAUUUUUUCACUUUUUUAGAAAGAAGGCGCAAAUAAGGUUGGAGAAUAUUUAAAUUGUUUUAAUGUAACAAAUUCUUUUAGUUUAGAAAUUGGAGGGAAUUAACUCAGUGAUAGUGGAAUUAAAUGUAUUUUUGAUGGGAUUUAAAAAUAUAUAAGUUUGAGAGAAUUCAAAAUUAAUUUAGAGAGUAAUUUAAAGUCUAAGAAUGCUAAUAAUAUAACAGAAAAAAGCAUUUGA